ACGAGGCAGCGCAUAAGUUGUCAAAACAAAAACCCAUUUAGAUACUCAGUAAUAAAUAAAAGAAAAUAAAUACAAAUUCGCCAUAUCGCGUCCAGGGUUGAUGCCACACAUAACAACCAGUGCCAGGGAUGCAACACGCACGCAGAUUAUGACAUUUUACAGCUGUGUCGUCUGCCGAUCCAGAGCCGAGCCGUGUUAUUAUUGUAAUUAAUUAAAGUUUUGUAUUUUUUGGAAAUGUUCUCCGCCACCACACACUCUGUGCCCUACCUCUACCUUGGCAACUUUAGUAGAAAACCGCAUUACUACACCGUGAAGCGUACCAAGCUGCCAGGAGGCGCUGGGGCUGCGCGCCUUUUUGCUGACAAAUCAAAGUCAUCCAAACAGGCAACGACGGGCAAGUGCCAUGCGCUCGUGCUGGAGUUCAAGAACCUGCUCAGUCGGUCGGGCGCCAACCUGCAGAGCAUGGUGGAGAAGGCUGUCAGGCUGAACGGAAUCCUGGACACGGCGCUGGUGAACGAUGCCCUCGCCAAGGUAACCCGCAUGCUACCCGCCAUCGGAAACGUCCACGUCACGCUAGUAGAGCCAGUCACACAGAUCGGCCAUGAGCAGCAACAAAAUUAUCAGUUUGAAGUCACUUUGGACGGGGCAGCAGACGCCCAGUCUAUAGGCGCACAUGUAAAAAUGUUUCCAAUCGUAACGCAAAGUCUUCUAAAUCCGCUCUUCUCCCACCAUCAACUGAGGCAGUUACGCGGCUUCAAGACGGAUCGCUCCAUAGAGGCGGAGCAGAAACGAAAUCCAACGAUGACGUCCAGACUGAAGAACGCACUGGGGACAGCAUCACAAAAGCUAGAUGGGGAAACAAACUUUCAGGGAGAGAAACUUAGAAAACUACUGUCCAAAUCCGACGGACACGGAGCCACUCACAAUGCGGAGAACCUCAAGAUUGCAUUUGCCGAAGGCUAUUUGGCCGCUGCAAACUCGGAAGAUUCACCGAAAACGGGCAAAACAAUGAAGUAUCUGAAGAUUUUCCAGACACUCAUCGUUAUCGUCGUUUUCAUUGGCAUAUUCCUGAGCUUCUUCACCACUUCGAACGGUUCCGUCUUUCGUAGCAUUCAACUGGGUAACCAGGUGGAGGUUGAUCCGGAGGAAAUCAAUGUCACAUUCGACGACGUCAAGGGCUGCGACGAAGCCAAGCAGGAGCUCAAGGAAGUGGUUGAGUUCCUCAAGAAUCCCGACAAGUUCUCGAACCUAGGCGGCAAGCUUCCGAAGGGUGUGCUCCUGGUUGGACCUCCAGGAACUGGAAAAACCCUGCUGGCACGUGCCGUGGCAGGCGAAGCCAAAGUGCCAUUCUUCCAUGCCGCCGGACCAGAGUUUGACGAGGUUCUCGUUGGCCAAGGCGCCAGACGUGUGCGAGACUUGUUCAAGGCGGCCAAGGCUCGGGCCCCGUGUGUGAUCUUCAUCGAUGAAAUUGAUUCGGUGGGCGCUAAGAGGACAAACUCAGUGCUGCAUCCGUAUGCGAAUCAAACCAUAAACCAGCUGCUCUCCGAGAUGGAUGGUUUCCAUCAGAACGCUGGCGUCAUUGUGCUGGGUGCCACCAAUCGCCGGGACGAUCUGGAUCAGGCCCUGCUGCGUCCCGGUCGCUUCGAUGUCGAGGUGGUGGUAUCCACGCCAGACUUUACUGGCCGCAAGGAAAUCCUCUCUCUAUAUUUAACCAAAAUUCUGCACGACGACAUCGAUCUGGAUAUGCUGGCACGUGGCACCUCCGGCUUCACGGGCGCAGACCUGGAGAACAUGAUUAACCAGGCGGCACUAAGAGCUGCCAUCGACGGAGCUGAGACGGUGAACAUGAAGCACUUGGAGACUGCACGCGACAAGGUACUUAUGGGUCCCGAGCGCAAGGCUCGCCUGCCCGACGAGGAGGCAAACACCAUUACCGCCUAUCACGAGGGAGGUCAUGCGAUUGUCGCCUAUUACACAAAGGAGUCGCAUCCACUGCAUAAGGUAACCAUCAUGCCUCGCGGCCCGUCGCUGGGACACACCGCGUACAUACCCGAGAAGGAGCGAUAUCAUGUGACCAAGGCACAGCUAUUGGCCAUGAUGGACACCAUGAUGGGUGGACGUGCUGCCGAAGAGAUCAUCUUUGGAUUGGACAAGAUUACCUCGGGAGCCAGUAGCGAUCUCAAACAGGCAACCUCUAUUGCCACACACAUGGUCAAGGACUGGGGCAUGUCGGAAAAGGUGGGUCUGCGCACGAUUGAGCCAAGCAAGGGUCUGGGCACCGGCGAAACUCUGGGACCCAACACCAUUGAGGCGGUGGAUGCCGAAAUCAAGCGCAUCCUCAGCGAUAGCUACGAGCGGGCGAAGGCCAUUCUGAAGAAACAUACCAAGGAGCACAAGGCGCUUGCCGAGGCGCUCUUGAAGUACGAGACUCUGGACGCUGACGAUAUCAAGGCAAUAUUACACGACAACCAGACGUAGUUUCCUCUUUUAACGAUUGCCCUCGGUGGGCAUGGAGCUGAUGAACUGCAAACAAACUUUAGUUGUACCGCUAAACUAAAAGAAAGGAUAUAA